AUGUGGAAGAGGACGAAGUCAAGCAGCUCUUGGAAUGGGGAUGAUGACGAGGGGUUCAGCAGGCGACAAAACAACGCCCACAAAAUUUCCUCGAUCAACUACCCGGGGCUAGAGCACUACACACGACCCAACUUGAAUACACUCGUUCCUCCUUCUCUCCGCACUCCUCCUGACCAACCACUUGGAGGACUUGUACACUAUCAAACUUGCUCUGAGAUCGCCCGAGGUUGCAUCCCCAAGCGGCCGCGCGCGUUCUCUGCGCCCGCGUCAUUUCCUUUCCGGGAACACAAGGGCAAGACAACGAACGCUCCCACAUCCGACGCAUUGCUAUCUUCGCGCAUUCAUCCAUCACCUGGGUCGAGGCCUCAUCAGCGUAUCAGCUGUCCAUCAUAUCCUGAACGUUAUAAGUCCGGGAAGUGGUGCUGGGCCUGUCUCCCAGAGGCGGGUCAAGCAUGGGUGUGGGCCUGGGUACCCAAUAUUCCACCUUAUGCUGGUGUGGGUUCCCCUACCGGCGGCACCUGCGCCUUCAUCCCAGACCCUGGUAGGACUCUUCGCCCGCAUGCCGCAGGCUCCUUGAUCGUCAAGGUGCGACAAGGGCAAUGUCACGACGGAGGCGGCAGCUCGUACACCGUCCUUGCGGCCGAUGUUCAGCAACAGUGGAAAUGGCUACGCGCUUGGGUGCCUAACAUUCCUCCUGGUCCACCGCUCAAGCCGCACAACGCUUGGGAAUGGGCGCAUCGCAGCCCGCCCUCACGACAUGCCCAUGUUAUUCCUGUCGUCGAGGCGGCGGGCGCUUGCGGCAGACUCUGA